CGUUAAAUCUUUGGAAAGCGCGGGGAGUGGGUCUGUUUAUUGUCACUUGUGCGGUGGAAAAACUGUCUCUCUCGUCUCCCUGGCCCGCUCCUUCCCGCCAGGUGUAUGUUGCUUGGCCUCUGGCAGCGCCUGCCUGACUGGAAAAGAGACAGCGGAGAGAACUCUCCCCCGCCUCACAGGAGAGUUGGAGGGCUCGUCCAGGGCGCGCGGGAGCGAGCCGACAACAAGCGUGACGCUCGCGCCCGCCGAAAGGGGCGGGAAUGUGGGCGAGCCUAGGGGUCAAGGCAGCCGGAGCUGCCGCCUCAGUCCGCCCGCUUCGCGGGAUGAGCGGGAAGCAGCUGGCGGAGCAGCCUGGGGGCGGCGGCGGCUGCCAUGAACGGACCAGGCGAGACACGGCGGACGGGAGCUGAGGAAGGAGCUCAGAUGCCUGGUGUUUUCCUGAUAUGUUUUGAAUGCUGAGUUUGCCUUUCUAACAAUGAACAGUUCAAAACCAUCAGCGUUGCUUGGAACUGGUGUAUUCUCCAAUACUACCUGUCCCACGGAAAAGAAGAUCUCUGUGUUUUUUUCCGUCAUCUUCAUGACAGUGGGGAUUUUAUCCAACAGCCUUGCAAUAGCAAUUCUCAUGAAGGCGUACCAGAGGUUCAGACAGAAAUCAAAAGCAUCUUUUUUGCUUUUUGCUAGUGGCUUGGUUAUCACAGACCUUUUGGGCCACCUCAUCAACGGAACCAUUGCAGUAUUUGUAUAUGCCUCUGACAAAGACUGGAUUCGAUUUAACCAGUCAAAUGUUCUCUGCAGCAUUUUUGGCAUCUGCAUGGUGUUCUUUGGACUGUGUCCCCUUUUUCUGGGCAGUGUGAUGGCUGUUGAACGCUGCAUUGGAGUCACCAAGCCGAUAUUUCAUUCAACAAAAAUGACUUCUAAACAUGUAAAGAUUAUGUUGACUAUGGUAUGUCUCUUUGCCAUUUUCAUAGCUUUACUGCCUAUACUUCAGCUAAGACCUUAUCAAAUCCAGGCGUCAAGGACCUGGUGUUUCUAUAAAACUGAGCACAUUGAAGACUGGGAAGACAGAUUUUACCUCUUACUUUUUUCAUGCUUGGGUUUACUGGCCCUUGGUAUUUCAUUUUUGUGCAAUGCUGUCACGGGGAUUACACUUCUAAGAGUCAAAUUUAAAAGUCAACAUAGACAAGGCAGAUCUCACCAUUUUGAAAUGAUCAUUCAGCUCUUGGCUAUAAUGUGUGUCUCUUGCAUUUGCUGGAGUCCAUUCCUGGUGACCAUGGCCAAUAUUGGAAUAAAUGAAAAUCAUUCCCAGGAAUCCUGUGAAACAAUCCUAUUCGCUCUCCGAAUGGCGACGUGGAAUCAAAUUUUAGAUCCAUGGGUAUACAUUCUCCUGAGAAAAGCUGUUCUUAAAAAACUCUACAAGAUUGCCAGGAGAUUUUGUGGUGUGCAUUUUAUUAACUUGCAUACAUGGGAACUUAGCUCCAUUAAAAAUUCUUUGAAAGUUGCUGCAGUUUCUGAUUCACCAAGCAGUUCCAAGAAAACGAAUCAGCAGCUACUCAGUUCAGCAGUGCAAUAAAAUGAAGCACGUAGAACGAUGAAAUGAAUGGGCAAUGGUAGGUUAAGCUGCUCAAAAAUUGGUACAGUGUGAAUGGGCUGGGGUUUUUUCACCUCUUCAAAACAGGAAAGCUGGCCCAUUUCUGGAAAUGUAACAAUAUGGAGCUGCUGGUUACCUUCCAAAGACUGCUAUUUAUGUGACCGGCCCAUCAAACCUGGGGCUGAAGACUUGUGACUCUAUAACAUAACAGAACGUUAAGCAUAUGAGAUGAUGCUGGCAGCUUUGGAAAUACUUUUGAAUGAAAGAAUAUUGUUCAAUGUUCUUAGGAAAAAGAAAAGAAGCAAACAAACACCUUAUUGUUGAAAGUGGCAAUGAAUUUGUUUGUUAAGCGUAACUUUGAAGAUGCACCUUGUCUUGCAAGUAUAACUGUUCCACAUUUUCUUGAAAAUGUAGCACUGAAAUCUGAAACGCAUGCGUUGUAGAAGGUCAAUUUCUUCAGGAAGGGACUCAAGACCUUGCAAGCUGAACUUCUCACAACUUAAAAAAAGAAGUCCACAGAUAAAAGGAGCUAGAAACAAACCUACAAGAGUCGAUACACUUAUUUAACUGUUACAAUCCAGGAAAUCUACCCUGCUACGUUAAAGGCUAAUAAUUCACCAGAUAUUACAGCACAUUUACCUUUCAAUUAUAACCAUGUGAUUAUGAAAACCAUCUUGUUAAGUAUGGUGAAACUUCAAAAAUGUAUUUACAUAUUAAAAAAACACCACUUGUGACAUAUGUGCCAAAUGUUUAAUUUUGAUCAUUCAAACUGAGGUCAGAAUCAAGUAUGUAGCAUAUUCAGGUGUGGGUUGAUGUUUCUUAAAAAAACAAAAAGUGGUUGAUACAAAUAUGAGAAUUGCAACACACUUGGGUUGAGCUAAAAUAGUAAUAAUUGUAGCACAGAAUUAUGUAGAUUGAAUUUAAAAGAAAAUAGUGGUGCAGAGCAUACUGAGCUUGGCAAAUCCUUUGAUUAGCCAAUGUUUCAGCAAGAGGUUGGAAGAGAAACUAGAUAGGAUGAAGGGAGUGUGGUUUCCAUUCCAUAAGCAAAAUAUUUUACAGAGACUUGGGAAAGGAUUUAUUAAGAAUGUAAUAACCUGUCUGCUUAAUAAUCAGCCUUAAAUUUCUGAGAUCUCGUAUCAUAUUGUUUAAGAUACCAGGCCCAUGCAGUACUGCAUAAAGAUUUCAAGCCCCAUAACAUUCCUAGGAUCUCAGGCAACUAAGUGCCUAGGAUUUUUCCUGCCUUGUAUAUGCUUUCACAGGUUUGUUUGUUUUUUAAUGGAAAAAGAGUAGUGAUGGGUAAAGCAGAGAUGUUAAAUCUGCUCCCACCAUUUGUCUGCAAGCAAAAGUAAUUUGUGAGUAGAAUACUCAGAAACAUUUGUGGGUAUUCCUACAGAAGUCACAAGCCAGGCCUGUCAUAGCUUCUCUCUCUCUCUCUCUUUUUGUAAAAGAAAAAGAAAAUAUGCCUGAAAUAGUACCACUUGAUGCUACUGCUGCUAUUGCUAUUACUCCUCCUGCUCUUGAACCUUGUACAGUGCUGUACAGAAAUAGCAUCCCGCAAAAGGCUUAUAGACUACACUAGACAAACGAAACAGAGUUUUGCAGAGCUUAGGGCCAAACAAUUUAAGACUUGUAAUAUCAAAUGGAGCCCACCGACCAUUUAUUAUGUCCUUGUCAGGUGACUUCCUGUUUUUGUAUCCAAACAGGCAGCAUAAUUGAUGUGACCAGGAGCUUUAAUCACCUUUUAUCUCUGAAUGCUGGUGGGUUGUGGGUUGUAUUUGCCCUGGUUAGACACCUGCCUUGGUGGCUCCUACAAGUUGUGCAGGCGUAUUAAAGAUGGAUUGACAGGGUUAAUAGCAAGGUGGAGAAAAUAGCAUUUUGUAAAAAAAAACCCCAUUGAAUUGUCAUAUGAAGGGGUCAUUAGCACUUCUAUCACAGGCCCUGGGACACACUAGGCUUUAUUUUUUGAUAGAUUACAAUAGGGCCUUAAUACCAAAUCAAUGCUAUCACUCUCUGUGGUGCCACUAAAAUAACUCGGUGAGUCAAAUGUAAAAUUGCACAUUUUAUUGUACAGGUCACAAUGUCGGCAUUUAAUAACUUCCUUCAGUUUUUCAUCCUUCUGGGCAAGAAGUUUGCUUCAAUGACAGCAGACUGAUGUUCAACCAUACAAUUGUAGAAAUGCUUGACUAACAAAAAAAAAA